CCUAUCCCGCUUCCCUUCGGGUGACGGCGCUGUGACGAGCAACUGACAGGCGCAACGAAAGGCAGCCCUCUGCUGUCUGAAGAAAAGCAGAGGCCUGGGCUACCGGCCUCGGGAGGGAGCCCAGGGCAGUAUUUGGGGGCAGCGGGUCACAGCGGCUGAAACCGCGGGCUCUGGGUGGAAUAAGAGUUUCGGGAUGCCAGAGAAAGAUGUCUCCCGGAAGGAGGCAGGCUAAAGCAAGGGUCUCAGUCACCAUGGAGGACCAGCAACCCACAGAGUCCAUGGAGCAGCAGGAUUCGUCCAAGGAGAGAAGUCCCCAAAGUCCAGGAGAUGAUAUCUAAGGCGUCAUGGCGUGUUCUUGUCUUGAUUCGUCUCAGUCACAGCACGGCCUUGUCGGACGAUGUUCUGUGAAAUUGUUUAUGCUCAACAGGAGAACGCCAAGGCCUAGCUGCCACCUAGGGGCCCUGCAAUGCACCCGCUGCCUCAUCACCUUCGCCGAUUCCAAGUUCCAGGAGCGUCACAUGAAGCGGGAGCACCCAGCGGACUUCGUGGCCCAGAAGCUGCAGGGGGUCCUCUUCAUCUGCUUCACCUGCGCCCGCUCCUUUCCCUCCUCCAAGGCCCUGAUUGCCCACCAGCGCAGCCACGGUCCGGCCAGGCCCUCCCAGCCGGCUGCACUGACCGCCACCCCGCCCACCUUCCCCUGUCCUGACUGUGGCAAGACUUUUGGGCAGGCCGCUUCUCUGAGGCGGCAUCGCCAGGUGCACGAGGCCCGCACCCUUCCUGGCCCCUUCGCCUGCACAGAGUGUGGGCAGGACUUUGCCCAGGAAGCAGGGCUGCAUCAACACUACAUCCGGCAUGCCCGGGGGGAGCUCUGAGUGUGGCUUAAGCCCUCCCCGGGGCAAUGGGAGCUUUGUGGCUGGUGGGACCCACCUCUGAUGUGGGAUGGGAGCCUUGGAGGGAUUUACUCUCCCCCCUGGAAAGGUAAAGGACUCCUGAUAAAUAGGACCCAGAAAAUGCUCAUUUAGAGCUUCCAUCUCUGGAGGACACAGAACCUUCAGGGAAACAGUAAAAUCAGACAAUAGUGAGUUUUUUUGUUUUAAAAAAGAGAAAUUAACACAAAAGAGGGAAAUUUGCUAUUUGUAUCUUCCCUCGUUGCCAAUUAAAUAGUCUGAAAU